AUGUCUGGCAGUAAACCAGAUCACAGGUUUCGUUAUUACUGUCAUUUGUUCAGGACUUUGGUUCUUUAUUGGCCUCCUUCAUUUGGAAAGAUAGCUAUAGUCCUUGAUGAAGAAGGAAAAGAGGAUCACAAAUUUGCCGCAAAAGUCAGGCGUGAAAACAAACGUUACUUUCCUGAUUACAAGAUAGCAAUAGCCUUUGAGGCUCCUCCCAAAAACAAUAGCACAUUGACAGGUAAAGUUCAUCGCGAGGGUUACAUUAGGCAACUUUGGAGCAGUUUCUUCAUUGAUCAGUAUACAAACGAUUCCAUAAUUGCUUGGAUGGACACUGACACUGCCUUUCUCACCCCAGUAACCAAUUCUACAGUUUUUGCCGGCACGAAGUUACGGGCUAUGGCCUCAGAUAACACGUACGGCAGGUUUUGGGUUAAGCACUGGAUAAUAACAAAUGAAAUUGCUCUAGGAUUGCCCUUCGUUGCUGAUUUUAUGAUUUAUUUCCCGGUAUACAUUUACCGGGAUACCUUUACGCGCUGCAGAGAAUACAUACUGAAGAGAUUCAACUCCACUGAUCUUGAAGAGGUCUUUCCCAAGUUCUACGAAACGAGGGGUAAAGCACAGUGGCUGGAGGUGUCUCCUGUAAACAUUGUACUCAGUUAUGCUUGGUAUUUUGAAAAAGAUCGCUACGACUGGAGUUUUGAGAUCACCAGUAACCUAACAAAAUAUAAUAAAAAGUUUCCAAAAGGCCAUGCUAUUGGACCUGAACAUACAAAACCGAUACUGUCGGAACCUCAAACAGCCUUUCAUACUUACAAAACAAAGGGAACGACGUGGUUAUGGUCAAAGAUUCUUGUCAGUUAUUGCUUGUCACACCGAGCAGCGGGGAAUAAGGUACAUAUAUGCACCAAUCAUACCGCUGCGUUCAAGGAUAAUUUGCCUCUUUUCAACUACGAUCUUCAGUUUAUUACCGAUCCUAAUAAAAGCCCAUGUAAUACCGGCAACAAUAACUUAACCUGUUUGCGAAUUCUAGAGCGUCAUUAUAACCAAGUUGGUGUUGAGGUAAAAGAAGGACGUAAGUUGGAAUGGAGCAAUAUGAAGAUUGUUGAACAGUUUGCUAAGAACUCUGGUAUUAAAUGUAACACAAUAUAG